AUCGAGUAGUUCGCCAAUAUUUCACCACUUUUAGAAAUUGUAGAUUUUCAAUACCAAAAGUUAUUCUCAACAUGUGGGCCAUUCUCCUGACGAUCCUAUCCGUGGGUCUGCUGUACAGAUAUGUGAUGCGGCACUACACUCACUGGCAGCGAUUGGGAGUCGAUGAGGAGACGGCUAAUAUACCCUUUGGCGUAAUGGAUACUGUAAUGAAGCAGGAAUGGAGUUUGGGCAUGGCUCUGGGUGAUAUAUACGCCCGGCACGAGGGCAAAAUCGUUGGAAUAUACAUGAUAAACAAGCGAAGUAUCCUAAUCCGAGAUGCCCAAUUGGCUCGCCAAAUCAUGACCAGCGAUUUCGCCAGUUUCCACGAUCGCGGGGUGUACGUGGACGAGGAUAAGGAUCCGUUGUCGGCCAACCUUUUUAACCUAAGAGGUGCUUCAUGGCGAAAUCUACGCCAGAAACUUACUCCUUCGUUCUCCUCCGGCAAAAUUAAGGGCAUGUUCGGCACCAUCGACGAUGUGAACGAUAAGUUGUUGCAGCAUUUGGAGGGGGCCCUCAACCAAAGCGACGAAGUGGAGAUCAAGGAUGUGAUGACCACCUAUGCGGUGGACAUCAUUGGGUCGGUCAUUUUUGCUUUGGAGAUAGACAGCUUCAGUAAUCCAAAAAACGAGUUCCGCGAGAUCAGCAGCUCUACGUCCAGGGAUGAAUCUCUGCUGCUGAAGAUUCACAAUAUGUCUAUGUUCAUUUGCCCACCGAUUGCUAAGCUGAUGAACCGCUUGGGCUAUGAGAGCCGUAUCCUGACAUCCCUGCGAGACAUGAUGAAGCGCACAAUCGAGCUGUCCAUGUACCCGACACUGCUGAAGGAGGCGCGAGAAUAAGUGGAUGCAGUGCUGAUGAAGCACAAUCUGAAGCCCAAGGAUAGGUUCACCUACGAGGCGGUGCAGGAUCUGAAGUUUCUGGACACCUGCAUCAUGAAAACCAUACGCAAAUACCCCAGGCUACCAUUUCUCAAUCGAGAGUGCACCGAAGAUUAUCCAGUACCUGGAACUAAUCACAUCAUAGCCAAGGGAACACCCGUUCUGAUCUCGCUCCUUGGCAUCCAGCGUGAUCUCGUCUAUUUUCCCAAUGGCUACGAUCCCCCCAUCGCUUCCAUGAACUACGAUCAGGCAGCUUAUAUGCCCUUUGGAGAGGGUCCUACCUUGGCCAAUUUCGAUCUGAUUCAAUCUCCACGCAAGGAGGUGGAGUUCCGUUUCGAUGCCGCCCCUGUUUUAGUGACCAAGGAACCGUUGAAGCUGCGCAUGACCAAGAGAAAUUAAAUCAAAAAUAUCUGGCA